AUGUCAGAGGACGUCGGCAGAGACCAGCUGGUGCAGUUUGACCGCGCUCGAGCGGGCGUCAAGGUCAGGACGUUCUACGAGCGAGACCGCACCGUCAGCUACUUCAGCAUAGAGAGGGCGUUACCCUCCGACUCUGGGGAGUACUUCUGUGACCCGGACGGUCUGGCCCAGGUCAAGGUGAUUCUUCACGUGCUCAACGGCGAGCACCCGGCCGCUAUGCAGACGGGCGGCGUGGGCCAGGCCGCGGCUCCGGCCUUGCUGCUGCUCUCCAUCGCCCACCAACCUUUACACAGCUUGCUGCACCGCGUAGAGACGACCCGCCGGCGAUUGUAG